AUGGGGGUGGACGAGGCACGGACCAAGUACGCUCUCAAAUGGGAGGCACUGCGUGAGCGGGUGCAGGCGAGCAGAACCUACGACCUCCUCGCCAGGGUGUACGCCAACCCUGUGUUCAAGCUGUCGUGGUUCCCGCUGCUCACCCUCCCAUUGCUCCUGCUGGACCACAAUGACGAGCGCAAAUGGCGAACGGCCUGGGUCGCCGGCGUCAUGGCCUUCUACUGGAUAACGGAAGUGCUGCCCAUUCCUGUUACGGCCUUCCUCCCUCUGGUCCUCUUCCCUCUCUUCAACGUCGUACCAGCCAAGGUCGUGGCCGAGGUGGUGUUGCUUAUGGGCCACUCCCCGCGACGGCUCUUGGCGGGCUUCAUGAGCCUCACCGCCUUCAUCUCGAUGUGGAUCAACAACACCGCCACCACUUCAUUAAUGGCGCCGAUUGCGCUCGCGGUAUUGACCCAGAUCAACGAACAAAUCACGGAUGAGGGCGACGUCGAGCGAAGCGACGCGAACAGCGAACAGGUCAUCGGUGAGGAUGAUGGAACUGCACGACGAACGGAUAGCCACCGCGCUGCUGAGGAGCGGCGGAAGCUGAAGACCAAGCGCGACAAGGGCAUCAAGUACCACACACUCGCGCACGGAGCCGGCGAAGGCGCAGCUGCGGCGGGCAUCGUCGAGCAGAGCGAUGACGAAUGCGAUACCGAGAGCGACGAGAUCGCCGUCGCGAGCGUGCGAGUCAGCCAGGGGUCGUCCGCGAGUGAGUCCGACAACAAACCGGACGGAGGCGGCGACUACGACGGCGACGGCGAAGGUCAUCAAAGGCACAGCCGAGCCGAUCGGGGCAUGGACCUGCGGGGUGCCACGCAGAGCUCCAGCAGUCUCGAAGACAUCGCUCUCAGGGAUGCCGACCCUGACGUGGUCGACGCCACCGACCCCUUUGUCGCCCAGCCCUUCUCCGCAGAUGAGCGGAAGGAGAAGAUGGACCUGUUCGUGAAGGGCAUCCUGCUGUCGGUGGCCUAUUCGGCCUCGAUCGGCGGCACGUCUACCCUCGUCGGCACGGCCCCGAACCUGGUACUCGUCAACCAGUUCGCGGCCAUCUUCCCGCUGGCUCCCGCUAUUUCCUUCUUCAAAUGGUUCCUCUUUGCCACGCCGCUGGCUAUUAUUUUCCUGAUCAUUUUGUGGUUCUACUUUUCGUACUUGUACUGUCCCAACCCUGAGCUCAUCAGUACGGUCCAGUCCUCCUCCUACUGGGUACUUUGA